UCCUGAAGGACUGUAACCUGCGGGCGGUGAGUGCUUUAUGGUUUAAUAUAUAUUUGACUCCUUACCCUACCUGAAUAAUCACAGGGUUAAAGGUGUAAGAUGAAAGGACACACCGAGUGACAAAUAGAAAGCAUGUUUAGUGAACUCUGGUAGUUGUGCCAGAACAUUUUUUUAAUUUAGAGUUUUCCACUUAAACUACCCUUUUUCAUGACCUUUUUUCAGCCUUAAUUACAGUUUAAAAGUCAUUACCAAUCAUUGAUGUUAUUGUGCUCUACUCACUCCUCUCGUCUUAUUUCAGCGUAUGUUACAACUGUUGCUCAAUAAACAGCAUUCACUGCAGCUUCCCCAGUCGUCUCGGUCCUUACAUCACAAACGAUGUUCUCCAUCAGAUCAACAGCGUUUGGAUGUGUGUUUACGGUGUGGAGUUGAUGGAAAAUGAAAUGAAAAGCUGAAUGUUCUCCUUUGACUUCUCUGUGGAAAAAUAAACACAAACCAACUGGACAAGUUCUGUCAUAAAUGAAUUUGUGAAACAAUGGCACAACAUAACACCAGCAUCAAUGACUCAACUGCAUCAGAUUCCCAUUUAUUAUUAUUUAAGGAGUUGACAGAGAAACAACUAUAUGCAGAAUCUGUAUUUAUCCGUGUCCUUUCAGUCAUUGAGAUCCCAGUCAUGAUCUUAACUCUGAUUGGCUUGUGUUUCAUCAUCAAAUCUCGGCCUGCUGCUUCAGUUUUUGUUAGUAAUUUGAUACUUUCAGAUCUCAUACAGGUCAUUUGUAUGUUAAUAGCAGCAGUAGCAGCAACCUCAUGGACACAGAAACUGUAUGUUGCAUAUCACUAUUCUUUGAUUGCGAGUCUGUAUUUUAUGGCAUGUGUUGCUGUUGAACGAUAUCUUCUGGUUUCUCAUCCUAUCUGGUGCAGAUCUCACCAUUCACUCAAACUCUCCUGUUUUAUUUCUGUGAUCGUCUGGUUUGUGCCUCUGAUCUUUGCAGAAAUAGACCCCCCUUGUAUUUAUUUUAAUCGUCUACCCCGGUGUAUAGCGUUUUUAAUUCCCUACCCCAUCAUCAUUCUCUGUUUUGCUGGCACUUGGCGAGGUCUUUCUCGCUCAAUAUCUCUGACUGCUCUUCAGCGCAAAUUAAUUUUGGGCAGUUUGUUCCUGGUGCUGUUGACUUACACACUUCUCAUUCUGCCUGCUGUGAUUGUGGCAUUUUUUGUACAGUUUCACUCAUACAAAUUUGCUAUAAGAGUUUACCGCUAUGCACGAUUGCUCGUGUGUGUGAAUCCACUUGCUGACUGUGUGCUGUACCUGUUCAUAAGGCCUGAUGUUCGUAAUAUGAUGAAGUCUGUUCGCUGCUGUCGUAGACGUCAGAGAUUGAAUCACAACCAGGACGAACACUCUGUAGUGAAUCCACAGAACAGCUGCUGUACUGUAGUGUGCUGUAUUUCAGCUCAAGAGCCUGCAUCUCAUUCACUGAACACCUGCAGCUCAGUUUAACCUGCUGAUAAAU